AUGGCUCGUACCAAGCAGACCGCUCGUAAAUCUACUGGAGGCAAGGCCCCACGAAAGCAGUUGGCCACCAAGGCCGCUCGCAAGUCAGCACCGGCAACCGGAGGUGUGAAGAAGCCUCAUCGUUACCGCCCGGGAACCGUCGCUCUUCGUGAGAUCCGUCGUUACCAGAAGUCGACCGAGCUGCUCAUCCGCAAACUGCCGUUCCAGCGUCUGGUCCGUGAAAUCGCUCAAGAUUUCAAGACCGAUCUGCGUUUCCAAGUCGUCGGCUGUGAUGGCUCUCCAAGAGGCCUCUGA